AUGGGGCUUGACAUCUCCAAAAUGCUCACCCCCAGCAAAGCUCCUUCCUGCGGCAUCAUCCCAGGGAACGCGGCAACACCGAUCAGCUCGGUGACCCUGCCAGUUACCUUUGGGAUGAAGGAAAAAUAUCGCACGGAGUAUAUCAAAUUCGAGGUGGCAAACUUCAAGUCAUCAUAUCAUGCCAUCCUCGGCAGGCCUGCAUUGGCCAAGUUUAUGGUUGUGCCCCACUACGUCUACCUGCUUCUCAAGAUGCCAGGCAAGACAGGGGUGCUCACCUUUCGCAGCAACUUAAAGAAAUCAUACGACUGCAACCAAGAAGCAAUCGAGUAUGCCUCGACUACACAUGUGCCAGAACCUUCAGCUGAAGUCUUCGCGGCUGCACAGCAGCUCUCCCAGUCAGAGAUAGAAAUUCCAACUAAGAAGUCGAGCUAG